GCUCGCAGUUGCUUUCGAUAUCUCUUUCAUUAAGUAGUUCUUUGUACAUUUUUUGCAGCGGAUGACCGAUUGGUCAAUGAGGUAUUAAUAUGCCCUUAGAAAGGAUCUACUUGACCCGUCACGGUCACCGCCUCAACUGGACCAUAGACUUGAAGACAGGAACAUACCAUGCACAAUUUCCGACUCCAACUGGAAAUCCGGCAGAUCCAACCUUGACUUCUCACGGUGUACAACAAUCCCGCGAACUUGCUGCACAUUUGGUGAGUCCGCAAUUCGAGCCAAAGCCAUGUCGGGUCUACUGCAGCCCUUUCUAUAGGUGCUUGCAGACAAUACAACCUGGUGUGCAGGCUUUGAAAGAGUAUUAUAAGAACCAAGGUGGUGAGAAUGAUGUGGACUUGGAUGUCAGAAUCGAGAAUGGUUUAGGAGAAUGGUUCGGAGCAAGUACAUUCUUCGACCAUCCAUCCCCUGCCUCACCCUUGGCUCUUCGUUCUCAUUUCCCGACUAUCAUGCAUCCUAACCCAGACGAGCAUUACACCGCAACCGUCAUCCCCUCAGGAAAAGGGGAGACGAUUACUCAAUUGCAUGAUCGCGUCGCAACCACAUUGGCAGCUAUAAUCUCUGAUCUUGACAAUGAGAUCAAUACCCUCGAAGCAAAUCAACCGCCUGAGGCGCGGUCCAGCAAAGCUAUCUUAAUAUGCUCUCAUGCUGCACCACUUAUUGCAAUGGGACGGGCUUUGACUGGAAACAUGCCAGAGGAUCCCAAUGAGGAGGAUUUCAACGUAUUCACUUCUUGCUUGAGUACUUUCGUAAGGAGGCAACAAAGUCCUUCCGAUAUCUCGCAGCAAAAUGAACGUCUUGCGCCGGGGACUAAAAUAACACGACCCGAAGUCAAAGUCCCUGACUGGAGAGGAGGACGAGGAGUUGGUGGCGGAUGGGACUGUGUCUCGAAUGGCGACUGCAGUUUUCUAAGCAAUGGUGCAGAGAGAGGCUGGCACUUCAACGGCGAUGAAUCGUUUGACACCGGCCCAAUGGCACCACCGACUGAACCACCUACCUUAAGUAACCAAUACGCGGCGCCGCCACCAUCCACAAAGCUAUGAUAGGUUCAUGGAGCUUCUACGGUCAGAACGCAAGUAUUGAUUGAGUCUAAUACUCUUUUGGGUCUCUUGUAUCUAGCAUUACCAUUUUCGAUGAUCUUCUGACUGUUCUGCUACGAUUAUUUAUAUCUAUUCAAUCCGACUUCAGAACGUAGAGGAUUGCGAAACGAUCACAGAUACCUGAAUGGCUUGUCAGAUGGAAUAAAUCAGUGCUGUACCUUGGUGACACAGCGCUUUCACGUAGGAGACAGAUUUCGUCGAUUAGAACUACAGACACUGGUAGAACAUCGAUUAUGAUGCUUUCUGAGUUUAGGCGCUAUUUCAGGAGCUGGUCAAGGAAGGACAAUGGGUUUGAAGUUCUUUAUUAC